UCUUCUUCACAACCAUCUCUCCCCUCCACUUCCCCCUUCAUAACUCCAACCAUCCCCUUUUUUCUUUUCUUUUCUUUUCUUUUCUUUUUUCCCAUUUAUUAAUUCCCACAUAGCUGUGUCAACUUAAAAUGGAUCCUUCCUCCACCAACUCUGUGAAUGGCUUCUACUCGUUUCUGACAAGAGGAAUUGACGAUCUAGAAAGAGUGUUGAUGAGCAACAACUUCAUGUCAAUCCAAUUCCUUCAAAGGGCACUGUCUCUUCUUCGAUCCUUCCACACCCAAUUGACCCUUCUGGUUCAAAAGCUUCAUCUACCAGUGGGUGAUAAGUGGCUUGAUGAGUACAUGGACGAAAGUUCCAAGCUUUGGGAAGCAUGCCAUGUUCUCAAGUCUGGCAUUUCAGGAAUCGAAAAUUAUUACUCUGCUGCUUCAAACAUCACUUCCUCUCUCGAUUCUCAUCGCCACAUCACACCCCAACUCUCUCGCCAGGUUAUUAGAGCUAUCUCAGGGUGUAGAAGAGAAGCUGUGGGGUUGGAGGAGGAGAACAGAGCUUUGAUGGAAACGAGGAUUCAACCUCUUUCGUUGCGUUUCGACGAGAGGGUGUCGAUUGAAUCGAAGCUAAACGGGUUCAACGGGUUCAGAGCAGUGCUUUAUGCAAUGAGAAACGUGAGUUCGUUGUUGCUGAUGAUUUUGGUAUAUGGGUUGGUGUACUGUUGGCCGGAAUCCUCGGAUUUUGUGGUGGGAGGGUACGAGGGUUGCUUGUUCCUGGGAUCGGCGUUUAUGAUGUCGACGGCGAGGUUGCAACAGAGGGUGGCGGCGGAGAUGAGCCAGAUCAAUGAGGGGCCUGGGAUGUUGUUGUAUGAGUAUAGAAGAUCGAAGGUGGCAAUGGAGGAGCUGAGAGGAGAAUUGGAGAGGAGGGGUUCACAGGGAGGAGUGAUGGAUUGGGAAAAUGAGGUUGGUAUUAGGGAUAGAGUGGAGAAUCUGAGAGGGUGUUUUGGGGUUCUCAGAUCUGGUGCAGAUACCAUUAUUGCACAGCUUGAUGAUUUCUUUGAUGAGAUUGUUGAAGGAAGGAAGAAGCUUUUGGACUUUGGCAGUCAUAGGUGAGGUGAGGUAAGAUAAGGUAAACAAAGAGUGUAAGAAAGUGAGUGAAUGAAUGAUAUGAUAUGAUGGAAUUGUGAAAGAGAAAUACCAAAGGAAAAAAAAAAAAAAAAAUUGAAAACAAAGACGGGUAGAGUAACAGUUGAUGGGGUAUUGUACCUUUUUAUUAACCCUUUUAUUUUUUAUAAUUUUCUUUUAUCUUUUGUGGUUUUUAUUUUGUUUUUCACAGUUACCGUAGUUGAAAGUUGAAACUUAAAAACU